AUGUCUGUUGAUUACAGUGCGCACGAUUUUCACGAAUCACGUGCUCUUAUAGAUGCUGCUGCGCGUGACAAUAUACACAUUCGACGUCAUGGCGAUACCACGGUGGUCACUGAAUAUCGUGAUCCUUAUUCAUUCUAUUGGCAAUUAGAUCAAGCAAGACCUCGAGAGGAAGAAACACCUAAGCCACUACCACAGACAGAUUACGUCAUCGACGAAGAAAUCAUAAAUGAUGCAGUUCUCUCUCCAGACAGUCAUGAUAGCGGAAUAAACGUCGAAGUACAAUACAGUAGGCCUAUGCGACCUGAUGAUGCUCAGUUCGCAAAGCCACUUCCGGUUGGGUGGGAAAAACACGAAGAUCCAUCCGGUUUUUCAUAUUAUUGGCACGUGGAUAGUGGCACGAUACAGAGAGAGCCUCCGCGUAAGGAAUUACCCUUUGUACCAAUAUCUAUGCAACCUAAGCUUCGUGAUCAAGAGACUCAGGCAGAUGCAUUGCCAGCACUGUCAUCAGUCCAGCAAAUUGUGCAGCUCCCACCACAACAACCGAUUAUCGAAGAGCAUGCAUUCAAACAGACUACCACAAAACGAUCUGUUGAUAAUGAUUUCAGCGGCAAAGAUGAUGACUUUAUAGGCAAACCGGUUCGAUUUGCAGUCCGAUCUUUGGGUUGGAUCGAAAUUCCAGAGGAAGAUUUAACGCCCGAAAAAAGUUCGCGAGCCGUUAACAGAGCCAUUGUGGAUCUGAGCACAGGGCGAAACGAUAUUCUGGAUAAUGUUUCUAAGUGGGGAGAUGGUCGAGAACUCAUAAUGGAAUUAGACGACAGUGAUUUGACAUUAGUUGAUCCUGAUACGAUGUCUGUAGUACAUACUGAACGAAUGCAACACAUUCGAGUUUGGGGAGUUGGGCGAGAUAAUGGCCGAGAUUUCGCAUACGUUGCACGAGAUAGAAAUUCGCGUCGUUUUAUGUGUCACGUGUUUCGAUGUGACACACCGGCACGAACUAUUGCAAAUACUUUACGUGAUAUCUGCAAACGACUGAUGCUUCAGCGACGACCAAAUAGUCUGUCCUCUUUGGAUUAUGGCGAAAGGAGGCUCAUUGCUAAGGACACAUAUUUGCCAACUCCAAUCGAAGAGCCAAAGAAAACUAUUCGGUGUCAUUUCCUGGGUGUUACACAGGUGCCUCGAGCCACAGGUAUUGAAGUCCUGAACGAAGCAGUUGAUCGACUUGUAUCACAGGUUCGAUCAGACAGGUGCAUAUUAGCGAAUGUUUCCAUAGCUCCAUCAACAAUAAUAAUAAGUGAAGUGAACGGUAAUCAAAUUGCUCAGUGUAGAGUGCGAUAUUUAUCGUUUUUGGGAAUUGGACGAGAUAUCAAGCAUUGUGCGUUUAUAAUGAGCACAUCGUCGGAGAAUUUCAUGUGCUAUGUAUUUCACGUGGAACCAUCCGCAGGUCCAAUGGCUAAAACCAUUGAAGCUGCUUGCAAAUUACGAUAUCAGAAGGUUCUCGAUGCGCACGCUGGCGGACGAGCACCAUCAAACGGAAAAGGUUGGAGCGGUUCACUAUGGAAUGCGAUAGGUAACGUACGCGACCGUUUUUCGACAUUGUCGCGUUGA